CUGGUAAAAAAAAUUCAUUUUCUCUUCAACACAACGAAACCGCCCUUUUCAAAGGCUCAGGGUUCUUCUUCUUCUUCUUCUUUCUCUGUGUUAGUCUCUGCUAGGGUUUCGUCAGAAUGUUCCAGAACUCUCACUCUUCGCCGUUCGGCUUCUCCGACGUCGUUUUGUCGCAAUCAUGUGUUGAUUGAUUCCAUCUCCUCUCUCCUUUUCUGUUUCUUCAGUGGUGGCAGUUCUGGCAUUGAAAUUUGUGAUAGUUUCUUAUAAACUAGAAUCACAAAUUCUUCUUAUCUGAUUGAAGGAAGGUACUAGUUUAAACUCGCUUGAAGCCCAAAUUUGAACAACUUGAAGCCAUGUUUAACGAAGGAGCCCCUGAGUUUGUUGUUGAUCAGAACUUGUAUUACCCUGCUGCCACCAAUUAUGAGUACUACUGUACAGGAUAUGAGACACCCGGGGAAUGGGAGGACCACCAUAGGAUUUUUGGUUUAGAUGGUCCGGAUAUUCAGUACACGGGUGCACAAAAUGAAAACUUCCCAUAUGUAUAUUAUACACCUAGCUAUGGAUUUGCACAGUCUCCAUAUAAUCCAUACAAUCCCUAUAUUCCUGGUGCUAUGAUCGAAGUUGAUGGUUCAUUUGGAGGAGUGCAGCAGUAUUACUCUGUCCCCAAUUUUCAAAACCCUGUUUCUGCGUCUCCUUAUAUUCCUCUUGUUCAACCGGACAAUUACCUUGAUAGUUCUAUUGACUCAUUAUUUGAUAACAGUGCUUCUGUCAGUAGACCUGAUGGAAGAGGUUUGCAAAAUAAGUUCAAUUCAGCUUCUGGUUCUUUUACUCGGAACUCUUCUAAACAAUUAUCAAAUCAGACAAGUUCCUUGGCCAGGGUAUCAGAAGGGCCAAAAGCUAAUGCUGGGGUAAAGAAUGAUUUCACAAAUCAAAGUGUUUCUGGCAGUGGUUUUCUCCAUCAGGCUCAAAGCGCUGAUGCCUCAAUCCAGCGUUUAAAUACUGUUUCAAAUGGGAAUGUUUUAUCCCAUCACAAUCAACUGAAAGUAGCCCCACCGUUGAGUAAUAGAUUUUCUAACUACAGUUCUAAUACUAAUGGACAGUCUGCAUUUGCUAAACUACGACCAAAGGUUAAUGCUGGCAAAGUGCUGAGUGAUGUAAAUGGAAGCUCUGAUGUUUUGGGUGAGCAAAAUCGGGGCCCUCGAACUAGUAGGCCUAAACAUCAGUUGCCUGUGAAAGCCUAUACAACCAAGUCUGGAGGUGAUAACGCACAAGAGAAUAUCAUCGUUUAUCCGGAUCAAUAUAAUAGGGAAGAUUUCCCUAUUGACAAUGAAAAUGCAAAGUUUUUUGUUAUAAAAUCAUACAGUGAAGAUGAUGUGCAUAAAAGCAUUAAAUAUAAUGUUUGGUCAUCGACAACACAUGGAAACAAGAAGCUGCAGAGUGCAUAUGAAGAUGCUAGGAGAAUAGCUGCAGGAAAAUCUGGAGGCUGCCCUAUCUUUCUUUUCUUUUCUGUUAAUGCCAGUGGUCAAUUUUGUGGGGUCGCUGAGAUGGUUGGUCCUGUUGACUUCAAUAAGGAUAUGGACUUUUGGCAGCAGGAUAAAUGGAAUGGGAGCUUCCCUUUGAAGUGGCACAUCGUAAAAGAUGUGCCUAAUGGAAAUUUUAGGCACAUUAUACUAGAGAACAACGAGAACAAGCCUGUGACUAAUAGCAGAGACACACAAGAGAUAACGUAUAGAAAAGGUCUGGAAAUGCUGAGAGUAUUCAAAAGUCAUACUUUGAAGACAUCUUUGCUUGAUGACUUCAUUUAUUAUGAAAACCGUCAGAAAAUCAUGGAGCAAGAGAAAGCUAAGGUGCUAUUCAAGAGCUUUGAGAGUCCAUUAUUUGUUCCAGCCUUGGAACCACCUCAAAAAAUGAAUUUUGUCACCAACAUCCCUCCAGUCAGUGCUGUGAAAAAUCCAAAGAUGGAUGAUGAGUCUGAUAGCUUUAAACAAACUACAAGUGCCGAUCGUAUUGUUAGUAGUUCUAAUGUCACCAGCACUUGUGCAUCUGUGGAUGAGAAGGCUGCAUCUGCGGAUGAGAAGGCUGAGAAAGGUUUAGUGGACAGGGAAGAUAUUUCUUCUGUCUUAAAGAUUGGUUCAGUCACCAUUACCCCAAAACAGACCGAGACUAAACCAUACAGCAAUGGUGUUGCUAAUAAGGAACCAAAUGACGUUGUCACAGUAGGCUCAAUGCAAGUCAGAGUUAAUGGAUUCAGUGAGUCUUCUGGUUUUUUGAAGGUUGGGAGCAUCCCACUUGAUCCUAGAGCUUUAAAGCCAGACAAAGGUACUCGAGUUAAAAAUGGGUCUAAUCCUUAGAAUUUGCUUAUGGAUGUCAAGGCACUGUUUGGAUCUUCUCUGGUGAAAGAUGGACUGAUAUCUGCCUGAUUUUAUUGCAAUUGGGAAGUUGGGUUUCUUUCAAUCUUCGUUUACUGUUUUCAUUUAUUAGAUACAACAUACCCUGUGGGUGGAUCUCUGGAGAGGUGUUGAUACAAAAAAGAUUGAAAUGAUUAGUGUAACCUCUUCCAUAUUUUGUCUUGUCAAGAUCAAUAUGCAAUCAGGGUUUCUUCGUUGCAGAUUUCAUCCAGUGUGUUUCGAAUUUGUUAAACUUCCCUACUCAACCAUCGUUUUAUGUAAUUCUGCUAUGUUUUUCCA